AUGGCUGACCAUACAGGAAGUGCGGACCUCCUGGUGGGGUUGAGACACUUUGUAUUUACACGGGAAGCUGGGCAGUUGGUUUCAUGUGUGGCCUCUUCUAAUCACUCGAGAGCUAAGAGGGCAUGGAUCGACGAAGAUUAUCGGGUUUGUGAACUACUUUUUUUCCCGAAUUCACUUGUUUACAGCACCAUUGGGUUGAGUUCUGUGGAGCAGUGGAUGAGAGAUGAGAUUGAUGAUCAGGAGUACCACGCUGAUCAGUUCAGCCGACGAAGCAACUCUUUACGAACGAAAGCAACGGAGGGAGCUCAAAGCAGAAGAAAAAGUCUGUCAGGUGAACCAGAACUUCUUACGGAUGAAGAAAAACGAUCAAAGAAAACAAGUAGCGGGGAAUUACCAGUACAAACACCACCAGUAGGUACAAGUACGAGGAAAAAACGAGUUUCUCAAUCGCGACCACCCCAUCACUCACCAUAUAUUGCACAAUCAGAUCUAGACGUGGAAGUGCCAGAUCAGGCGAAAGGUACUCAUCCAGUGAAAAGCGGAGAAUAUCCCAGAAAUGUCACCCAAAAGCCAAACGUUCAAGCAGACGUGCAACCAAGAAGCAGUAAAUCCGGUACCGGACUCAAACAACGAUCUCCAGUUCUCAAGACAGCAAGUGACAGAAGUUGGGCUCGGGUAGAAUCGACGUGGUCCAAUGCCGCUGCUAGGGAUCGACAUUUAAGAAGUUUAUUACAUGAACGACUUGGUGCUCUUAAACUUACCGAAACUUACCCGAAACGGAGCACCAUAGAUCGAGUGGUACGCGAUAGGCGUCUAGAUUCUCCAUUCAACACUGAAUACGAGUUCUUCCAGGAUCGUAAUGUACCAGGUUCGACGACGCCGACUCCUCGAAUCCAACCGAAAACGCCGCUCGAAUCAGCACCUUCUUCCGCUGCCGAUCGCAAAAUAAAUGUGUCUAAAGAAUCCAGUAAGGUCGGAAUGGAGUCAGCACCACCUUCUGUCAUUGAUCAGAAACCGUCGAAGGAAACGAAAAAAAGCUCAUUUGAAUCCGCACCUCCUUCCCAUAGCGAACCACCAACAAAGCCAGACCAAGAAUUAAAGGAAGAAGCAACUCCUCCAUCCACGAAGGAAACAGAACCACCUCCGAAAAAGUCCGAGGAAACGAAGAUUGUAGUUGGCGGGUUGCCAACAAUGGGCCGCGAAGGUCAUGAGCCGCUUCCAACUGAGGAGGUCCAUAUCUCAACAAGCAAACAAGAGGAGGAGCCGGAUCGAGGACAAUGGACUGGAAAGUUUGAUUUUUUGAUGAGUAUGAUUGCUUACGCCGUUGGGCUUGGAAAUGUUUGGCGUUUCCCGUAUCUGUGUUUCAAGAAUGGUGGCGGCUCGUUUUUGGUUGUGUAUGCGAUUUUUUUCUGUCUAGCCGCUGUACCAAUUUUCAUUAUGGAAGUCACAAUUGGACAGUAUCUACAGAAAGGCGCUAUGGAAAUGUGGAGGAUGUGUCCUAUUUUUAAAGGAGUCGGAAUCGGAAAUGUGGUGAUCGCAUUCAUGUGCAUCGCAUAUUUCUGUGUAAUUGUCAGUUGGGCGAUAUUUUACAUGAUUUCCUCGUUUAAUAGCGUAUUUCCAUGGGAAUCAUGUGAUAAUUAUUGGAACGAUUUCACUUGCGUCACUGGUAAGGAAAGUGCUUCUGCGCUAGCAAAACUCACCAGAAAUCUCACGCGUACCGGUCUAAAAACACAGACCUCAGUGGAACAAUUUUGGGAAAAUCGUGUUCUGCAACAAACGUCAUCAAUCGAGGAUUUUGGUAGUAUACAGUGGGAAUUAUUGGCGAUUAUGUUCCUUGCAUGGUUGAUUGUCUAUUUUGCGCUGUGGAAGGGAAUUACGCAAGCGAGAAAGUUCGUCUAUUUUUGCGCUUUAUUCCCAUAUUUUCUACUGUUUGUCCUUCUCUGUAGAGGAUUAACAUUGGAGGGUGCUGGAAGAGGUAUUUACUACUACCUAAAACCUAAUCUUACUCGUCUUUCCGAUACUACGGUUUGGAAGGAUGCCGGAACGCAGGUGUUCUACUCGUAUGGUGUUGGUUUCGGUGCACUCAUAGCAUUAGGAUCUCAUAAUAAAUUCAAUCACAAUUGUUUCAGAGACGCUUUUAUUAUGUGCAUUAUCAAUGGAUCUACCUCAAUACUUGCCGGUUUCGUAGUGUUCUCGAUUCUUGGUUACAUGUCCGUAAUUGCACAAAAAGACAUCGCUGAUAUCGUGAAACCAGGUGUGGGGCUUGCCUUCCUCGCAUAUCCCGAAGUCGCCAGUAACUUACCAGCUAAACAAAUCUGGUCUUGUCUUUUCUUCCUUAUGAUCACCAUCCUUGGUUUGGACAGUCAGGUUUGUAUGAUGGAAGGCUUGUUCACCGCUCUGGAAGACUCGUUUCCUUUCAUUCUUCGGAAACAUAAAAAGGUUUCACUCGCUGUAACAUGUUUGAUAUUUUUCAUACUUGGAAUACCUAUGGUGACAAAUGCUGGAGCCUAUUGGUUGACAUUGGUCGACAAUUAUGGAGCGAGUGGUUAUGCGCUACUAUUUGUAGUCUUUUUUGAAGUGGUUGGAUUAUCAUGGGGAUUUGGUGCUGAAAAGAUUCGAGUAGCACUGAAAGAGAUGAUUGGAGUCAGACUAUCGUACAUUUGGAUCAUAGUUUGGAAGUAUGCAGCUCCAGCUACAAGUUUGGUGCUAUUCUUCUUCUGUGUGAUCUAUUACCAUCCGAUAAAAUAUCCAACCGGUGAAGAUUAUCCUGUAUGGGCGAAUGCAUUUGGAUUUUUCCUCUCAUCAUGCUCGAUGAUCGUGAUACCCGGCUACGCUUUGUACUACUUGCUGUUUACGAACAAACACAUGUCUAUAAGAGAGAGGUUCGCAAAAGGAAUUCGUGCGCCAGAAAUAAUUCAAACAGGUCGACCAGUGACAAAUGGCGAAGAAUUACGAUUCCUUGAUGAAAAACAUUAG